AUGGGUAUCAAAGGGAUAUAUAAAGAGAUUGGAACCGGCAAGCGCAUAUCGCUGACAAAACUUGCCGUCGAACACCUCGAAGCAACCGGCCGACCCUUACGUCUCGCUAUAGACAUAUCCAUAUGGCAGUUCCAAGUCCAAGCUGCUCGAGGUGGUUCGAAUCCCGCCAUACGAACGUUAUUCUACCGAUUGCUACGCCUCCUCAGCUUAUCGAUACAGCCGAUCUUUGUCUUCGACGGUCCGAACAAGCCGGUCUUCAAACGAAAUAAGCGCUCGGGUCGAGGUGAUGGAGUGGCUACUGCCAUGGCUAAGCGGCUGAUCAGGCUGUUUGGAUUCCAAGUACAUGAUUCGCCUGGAGAGGCCGAGGCCGAGUGUGCGCUAUUGCAACAGCAUGGUAUAGUGGAUGCGGUGCUGAGCGAAGAUGUCGAUACCAUCAUGUUUGGCUGUAAACGUACACUACGAAACUGGACCUCCGAGGGCACCAAAGGGAGCAAGGCGCCUACACAUGUCUCCAUGUACGACACGGAACAGCUGAUCAAAGGCACCUCGGGUUUGGACCGUGAAGGAAUGGUCCUGGUUGCCUUGAUGAGUGGUGGCGAUUACCUCCCAGAGGGCAUUCCGGGCGCCGGCGUCAAAUUGGCAUGCGAAGCUGCAAGGGCCGGCUUUGGCACAUCCUUGUGCAGACUGAAGAGGUCUGACACCUCGGAAAUGGCGAGUUGGAGGGAAUGGUUGACUUACGAAUUACGGCAUAACGAGAGUGGUUUCUUCAGGACAAGGCACAAAGCCCUGAGCGUCCCUGAGGACUUUCCCAAUAUGGAUAUCUUGAGAUAUUAUACUCAUCCAGUGGUAUCGCCCGCAGCCACCCUCGAUCGACUGAAAACCCAGAGCUGGGAUCGGCCGAUUGACAUACUCGGACUCCGCGACUUUACACGAGAAACAUUCGAUUGGAACUAUCGAAUAGGGGCCAUCAAGUUCAUCAGGGUUUUGGCACCCUGUCUGCUGGUCCGAAAGCUUAUGCAGCGUAGUAGCGAGCGCAAUCACAGGUCCGAAAACCUUGAAGUGAUAGCCAAAGAGGAAUCUGAGCUUGUCAAGUCGAUCACAACCACGCGAGCGCAUUUCAGUACCGACGCAACGCCGGAACUGCGCAUCUCUUUCAUACCAACAAACAUCGUUGGCUAUGACUUCCAGGAAGAGCCUGACGAGGUGAUCGAAUUUGGGCGCGAUGGCCUCGCGCUCAACAGCGACGACGAGGUCGAGGUAUUGGCAGAAGAGGACGGAGCAAAAGCUGGGAGCAAAAAGCCCUUCAGUCCUACCGAGCCGGACCUGUUUUGGAUACCGGAAACCGUGGCCAAGCUUGGAAUACCACUCAUGGUCGAAAACUGGGAAGAAGCAAAGCGUUCAAAGGCGGUCGCUCGCCCUAAAGCUAAAGCCAAGACAUCAAAGCAAAAGUCCAAGACAGGCGGGAUGGCAACCGGAGCAUUGGACAAAUUUGUCAAGGUCACGAAGAGCACGGCACAACGUGCAGACACUGGCAAGGCGUAUACGCCACCUUUAACCUCACCUCCAUCGCCCGACCGGACUCGCAGUCCCCUAGGUACCCUCCCAACCCCUUCGCAGAGCCUCCCACAACUACUAGCAUCAAGCCAAGGAUCGCAAAAAGCCCGGCCCACAGCAAGAUCCAGUAAGCUUCCCAAGCCCAAGCCCAACAACUCCAGCCAGAACGCCUCCUCGCAAGUUCAACCCAGGCCAGGCUCGAACACCAACCCCUGGACGCUCGCGGGCUCACAACUCAGUCCCAGGGUUUCCAAGUCCAAUUCCACCAGAUCCUCAGUCAAAGCUCCUGAGGCAAUUCUUAUAUCCUCGAGCCCACCUGCAUCGCCUACCGCGGAUCGUCGGCCCGCUCUCGGCCGGGCUGAGAGCAGCUAUGUGGAAGGCAACGCAGCUGCUUUUCCGACGCAGCCCACCAGCCCCCAAAAGCGGCGUUCCAUCACGCCGCCGCGGGCGUCCUUCUGGGACGGAGUCGCGACAGCACCAACCCGCCGAGGGGUGAGAGAUCUGAGUCCGACACCGAAUUCCAGUGAGAAGCCACGGCGAAAGCUGGCUCGCACGGAAUCGCUACCGGUCAAAUUGACUCCACAGAAACUCCCGGUUGGACCCAGGAGUACUCGCGCUCGCGGGCUGGCGCGGGCAAAGACAGUUGCCGUUGAGGCCCUACUACCCCUGGACUCGGAAGACGACGACGAUGACGACUUCGACCUGCCGCCCGUGAGCAGUCUGUUCGGUCGGAUUCCUAAGGGGAAGCCCUCCAGCUCCAGCCCCAGCUCGAAUGCCACAACCCGGCCGCAACCACCUCCCUUCAGCUCGAUAUACAGUUCCGCAACUACGACCAGCAAGCAGAGACCGAAACAGCAACAGCGGCAUAACAAACAGGCAGCACUCGAAACGGCCUUCGGCGGCGGCGCUCGUAUGACGAAGCUCUACGUGCCGCGGAAGAGCGAGCCGGGCUUCUUCAAGGAGAUCGACAUUAGCGUCGACGAGGUCGAGGCCGUGCAGGUGCGGUAUGCGCAGGACGGCGGUGGCGGGGGCACGGGAAGGAGGAUAGGGGGGGCGGCGGUUUGGCGACGUAGUGAUAUCACUUGUAUCGACUUGACGGGCGACUAG